CAAUUUCAGAUAUCAUUUCAGAUACAACAACAUUCAAUGCAUGAUGAAACAUUACAACAUGUUACAUUAUCAUCAGUUUCAUCGACGUCAUUUAUGGACGUACGUGAAAUGAACGUGUCAACUUCGUUAGAGUCAAAUGCUGGCCACUACUCCAAGAAUAAGUCAAAUGCAUUUUGUGCUUUGAACAAUUUAGCUAAAUAUAUUGAUAAGGUAAGUUGCUUUUUUAAAGAAAAUUUUAGUAGAAAAAUAAAUAAAUUUUCAAUUUUCAAAAAUAAUUUUGUUUUUUCGAUUUUUACUAUAUUUUUGCAACAUUACAAAUAAUGAUAAUAAUAAUGAUAAUAAUAAUAAUAUAAUAAUAAUAAUAAUAAUAAUAAUAAUAAUAAUAAU